AUGGCCCAGCCUCAAGGUAGGUGUGUGUUUGGUGUUGAUAAAGUGAAGUCAGUGUCAGUGAUGGAGGGAGAUUCUGUUACUCUACACACUGAUAUUACUGAAAUACAGAGAGAUGAUCACAUAGUGUGGAUGUUUGGACCUAAAGAGACUCGUAUAGCUGAAAUCUAUAAGAAAAUCAUUGAUAUGUAUGACAGUAAUGAGAUAUUUGGAGACAGACUGAAGCUGGACAAUCAGACUGGAUCUCUCACCAUCACAAACAUCACAAUCACACACACUGGACUUUAUAAACUAACUAUCAUCAGUAACAGAGGAACUUCAUUCAAGAGAUUUAAUGUUACUGUCUAUGCUCCUUUACCCGUUCCUGUCAUCAUCAGAAACUCUUCACAAUGUUCAUCAUCAAGCUCAAAAUGUGUGUUGUUGUGUUCAGUGUUGAAUGUGAGAGAUGUGAGUCUGUCCUGGUACAAAGGAAACAGUUUAUUGUCCAGCAUCAGUGUGUCUGAUCUCAACAUCAGACUCUCUCUACCUCUGGAGGUUGAAUAUCAGGAUACAAACACAUACAGAUGUGUACUCAACAAUACCAUCACAAAUCAAACUCAACAUCUCAACAUCACUCAACUCUGUCAGACAUGUCCAGAAAACCAACAUUAUAUAAUGCUGAUAGUUGUUGUUGUUGGAGGGUUGUUGUUGGUUGUUGCACCAGUGAUUUACCACACCUGCAAAAAGUUUAAACAAUCAACUAGAGGAGGCAAGUGUUUGCAAAAUUAUAAACUCAUGAGUCAAAAUGUUGUUUUAAACUGAUGUGGACUUUUUUGAGGUUCAAACAUGUAUUAUUAAUUUAUUUAAACAGUUGAGACUCUAGAGGAAGAGAUACUUUAUACAGAGACAGUCUUUACACAAAGAGUUCAGAAUACAGUAAGAUAUUUCAUUACUCUUAUUCUUCUCUCUCUGCAUGUUGUUUGGCAGAAGCAAAAUAUUUAAAACAAAUAUGGCUGUUUCUGCUUUUAAUGUGCUAUUUUUAUUCUGGUAUUUUUAUAUGCAUCUUGUGAAAAAAGUAACACCCAGACCUACACAAAGAAACUCAAAGAACUUUAUUCCAGUCAAUUGUAAUGAAUAUAUCAAGCUUCACUUACUGCAAAGAAAAUUAAAAUAGAAAAGCAUCACAUCAUGAUAAAAACAUUCUUGCAAUUGUCUAGUUUUUUAUUGGUUUUUUAUG